AUGCCAGUUCCAAGUACCCUCUCUCGAUCGGAGACAUGGCGUCUGUUGCUCCUCGUGGGGGCCGGUCUCGGCAUCCUGGUUAACACGUUCCAUGGCGAUGGCGCACCGGUGAUCGCCUCAAUUGCUCUGUCUUUCAUUGCUUUUGCAGUCGCUUACAGCAUGAUUCGAUGGCUUGGACCUGUUUUUAUCAAAGCAGGCCUCAGGGGAAAAGAUAUGGCCAAACCCAGAAAACCUGAAAUACCGGAAACAAUGGGUGCAGUCUGUGCCGUGGUCUAUCUACUUUCUCUCAUCAUUUUCAUUCCCUUUGCCUUCUACAAGGAUAUUGUCGCAGCCACUUCUGGUGGAGGCAAUCGUGACGUUGUUAUCGAAGACCAACAUAUUGAGACUGGGCGGUUCCUCCAUAGAUUCCCCCAUGGAAGACUCGCAUCUUAUCUCUCGGGUCUUUUGUCUUUGCAAUGUAUCAUCAUCCUUGGAAUUGGGGACGACCUGCUCGAUAUUCGCUGGAGGCAUAAGGUCCUUAUUCCUGCAUUUGCAGCCAUCCCAAUGCUGGUUGUUUACUUUGUUGACUUUGGCGUGACACACGUUGUUGUACCCGUCCCCCUGCAACGGUACCUUGGCGAUUUUAUUGACCUCGGAUGGCUGUACUACAUCUACAUGGCAGCCGUCGCAAUCUUCUGCCCUAAUGCUAUCAACAUGCUGGCCGGUAUCAACGGCAUUGAAGUUGCCCAGUCGCUGGUCAUUGCGGUCCUUUUGCUCCUGAAUGAUGCCAUGUACCUCGCUCCCAUAACCCCAUAUCCCCAUCCGGCUACCGACUCUCACUUGUUUUCGAUCUACUUCUUGCUGCCCUUCAUUGGUGUUUCAACGGCUCUUUUGUGCCACAAUUGGUAUCCCUCCAAGGUAUUUGUCGGUGAUACCUAUUGUUACCUCGCGGGCAUGGUUUUUGCUGUUGUGGGCAUUCUGGGACAUUUCAGCAAAACGUUGCUGCUGCUAUUCGUCCCUCAGAUCUUCAACUUUCUCUAUUCAACACCUCAGCUCUUCCAUAUCAUUCCCUGCCCACGCCACCGGCUUCCCAAAUUUAACGCAUCGACUGGGCUACUUGACGCAUCUGUCACAGAAUGGACGAUUCCACCUUCUCCAUUGAUUGCCAUGGGUCUCGAAAUACUGCACACACUUCGACUAGUGCGCGUUCAGAAAGAUGAAAAUGGCCAAAUCGUCGAGUCCACGAAUCUCACGAUCUUGAACCUUUGGCUCGUAUGGAUGGGCCCAAUGAGGGAAGAUCGACUGGCAUGGCACAUGGUGGCGGUCCAGACUGCGUGUGGAUUCCUUGGUCUCUUCGUCCGACACCGUCUCGCCUUGCUCGUGUUUAGUCAAGAUAACCGGACAUUCCAGUCCGCUGUAUAG